UCUCUCACACUCAAAUGCAGACACAAGGACAAUGAUGAGCUGGAGAAAAAUCUCUUUUAUUGUGUUCCUCUGCAGUUUUGCCACUGUGGAACCGGAUGACCCAUGUAAAUUUGAAGGAGACUCUGAGACCAUUAUGCUGGGUUAUAGUGGCUUGACAAGAGAGCACCAUUUAGAAUGGAAAUGCAACGGAAAAACAAUCUUCCAGAGGAGAAAAAACAGAACGAAACCGGGCAACGAAUGGGAUGUAGAUAAGGACGGCUCCCUCCUGCUGAAAGAUCUAAAGAUCUCACAACACGGGGAAUACAGAGGACAGGUCUUUGACGAGGGUGGAAAGUCUCUCACAAUAACUAAGAAAAAAGUUUGCGUAGUGGAACGACUAUAUGAGCCACAAGUGAAUUUUAACUGCAAGAAGUCCACAGUGACAUGCACUGCGAAAAAAGGAGGCACGGUCACUGAGUGGAAAAUUAACGAUAAGAUCCGGCAGGGAGAAAACAAGGAGGAAAUCCAGCUUGAUCCAAAGCAGAUCAAAUCCAGCAAUGGGUACUCAUGUACAGUGAGGUACCACUUUGGCAAAGUGACAAGCAAAAGAGCACCUAAUGUCUGCUCAGGUACCUCCAAUCCAGAAAGAAAAUCAGGUAUCCCAGACAAAUUGUUUGGCUUGGACUUCUGGCUCAUGGUUGGGAUUUUAGCAGCGGGAGGGACUCUGCUGCUCAUCCUGGUCACUGUGCUCAUGAUCUGCGUCUGCCGGAGAAGGCGUCAGGGAGAGAAGCGGCUGCGCGAUGAAGAGGAGCUAAGACUGGCCCAUUUGACACAACAGCAACAUGCACCUGGCCAUCACGGUCACCUGGCACACUCAAAGGGCCACCAUGGACACUACGCACACCCCCAUUCUGCGGGCCAGGGCCAGGACCAGGGCAAUCCCCCGGCGCUGCCCAAACCCAGGGCCCAGUCGCGGCCGAGGCCUCCACAGCCACCAAUAGAAGACGACCAGCCUCCCCCCAGACCUCAGCCCAGGAAGAAGGCCCCGCGCCCACCAAGGAACUAGCACUGUCCUGGCUGUAGGAAGAAGAGGAGCGUGGUCAGAACUGCUUUACCUGCUGCAUGUUCUGUUUAAAAGCGGAGGCCUUCUGUUGUUUUUGUUUUUUAAUUUGUUUUUUUAUUUUUUUACAAAAAUACAUAGAUCCCUGAUUGUAAAGCAGCCAUUGUAUAUGGUAAGGCCCAGAAACUAAU